AUGCUUAAAGUAUCUCUGUGGAAGGGGAUUAUUCGGUUCAGGAAAAGGGGAAAGUUAAGCCCAAGGUUCAUUAGUCCGUUUAAAAUCGUCGAACGGGUGGGUAAGGUAGCAUACCGCCUUGAACUACCAGAGGAACUGAGCGGAAUACAUAGUACGUUCCAUGUAUCGCACCUCCGAAAAUGUCUAGCCGAUGAAACGGCUUACAUCCAAUAUGAUGACAUUGAAGUGGAUGACAAACUUAAUUACGUGGUGAGACCGAUUGCGAUUCUGGACCGGAAGGUUAAAAGCUUGCGAAACAAGGAAAUUGACCAAGUGAAGGUCAAAUGGGAACACCGUAAGGGAUUGGACCCUACGUGGGAGUCCGAAGAAGAGAUGAGACGCCUCUACCCUACGCUAUUUGCUACGUAUACUAGUUUCGGGGACGAAACCUUUUAA